GAUCCGAAAUUCUGCAGAUGGGGGGAAGGAUUUCUGGGUUCUAGAACAAGAAAGGAAGGAGAAAUCCAAGCUUUCUCACCGGUUUCUCAAGGUUGGUGCCGGCGGCUUGCUUGGUUCCUUCUUUUUUUUUUUUUCUCUCGGGUUGCACUGUCAUCUUUCAACCACACCUAUGUAUGAAGUUCCCAACUCCUCAGGAUAUAGGAGUGCUCAAAGGGAAUUAGAAAAUAGCAAGAACCUACUACAAGAUACGUUUAAGAAGGUUGAGCUCAUAAUAGCACCCAAGACCUCUGGUUCAGUCAUUUCCAGACCGAGCGAGCCAAGUCAAGAAACGAUGAGCAUAUCUGACAUAGAUCAUCGACCCAAGAACGUGGAGCAGAAAGCUGAGCCAGUAGAACCGGUCAAGAAAGUCCCUUUAAACUCAGAUGAACUGGAGAAAACAAUGAAAAUAGGAACCAAACUCACACUGGAAGAAAGAACCGAGCUCUUGGAAUUUUUGAAAGGUAACCGGGAUGUAUUUGCGUGGACAAUAGAUGAAAUGCCUGGCAUCCCAACAGAAUUUGCAAUCCACAAGCUCAGUACAGAUCCCACCAAGAAGCCAGUGGUUCAAAAGCGUCGCCUUGUUGGCCUUGAGAAGCAAGUUGCUAUAGAUGAAGAAAUAUCGCAACUAUUACAAGCAUGCUUCAUCAGGAGAGUUGAAUAUUCUAAGUGGGUAUCCAAUCCUAUGCUCGUCAAAAAACCCAACGGCAAGUGGAGAAUGUGCAUUGACUUCACCAAUUUGAAUGAAGCGUGUCCCAAAGAUCCACACCCCUUGCCUAAUGUUCAACUGUGGUUAGAUGACCAAGAAAAAAUGGCAUUUUAUGCAGGGGAUGCAAUCUACUGUUAUGUCAUGAUGCCGUUUGGUUUGAAGAAUGCUGGCACGACAUACCAAAAGUUGGUCCAAGUCAUCUUUAAGCUUCAAAUCGGUAGGAAUAUUGAAGUAUAUGUGGAUGAUAUGAUUAUCACUAGUCUACGAGGCAAAUUCCUAGGAUAUGUGGUAUCCAAGAAGGGGAUUGAGGUGAACCUAGAAAAGGUUGAGGCCAUGCAGCAAAUGGAAUCCCCUAAGACAAUAAAAGAUGUAAAGCGCCAACAGGUCGUCUUGCCACUCUACACAGAUUCAUUGCUAGAUCCAUCUGAUGCUCGAUUGAUCAGACACAAGGCAGCACAUUUCACGCUAAUUAAGGAUCAAUUAUACAAGCGAGUUGCUUCAACGCCUUUAUUAUGUUGCCUCACUCCUUAUGAAGCCAAAUAUGCUGUAAGAGAAGUUCAUGAAGGAGUGUGUGGCACACACAUUGGGGGAAAAACCCUAGCUCGAAAAAUCCUAAGGCAUGGAUACUACUGGCCUACUAUGGUUGAGGAUGCGCAAAAUUAUGUCAAAAAAUGUCCAACCUGCCAAUUCAACACUGAUGACAUUCACAUGCCAGAGGCUAUCGUCUCUUGUAUCACCAUGGCCUUUCGCCCAAUGGGGAGUAGAUCUGCUCAGUCUUUUUACAAAGGGCAAGGGAGGUUCGGCAUUCCUAUGCGAAUAAUUGCUGAUAACGGACCUCAGUUCCAAGCAGUGGCACUCAAGUCGUUUUGUGAUGACUAUAACAUCGAACUAACCCUUAUAUAUAUAUUCCACAGUCAAACGGACAAGCAGAAUCAGCGAAUAAAAUCGUUUUACGUGGUCUUAAGACGUGUGUCCUGGCGGCACAAUCUAAUUGGGUUGACGAGCUCAACAAAGUACUAUGGUCAUGCUGCACCACGCCCAACUCGGCCACUGGUGAAACUUGAUUCUGCCUUGCCUGUGGAGCUGAGGCUAUAAUCCCAGUGCAGAUUGGCUUGUCAACCAAUGGGUCAACUCGUCACAAGGAUUUCAAUAAUGAACAACUCCCUGAGAGAAAACCUAGACUUUGUUGAGGAAGUUAGGGAGGUCUCUCGAAUAAAGAACAUGGCUUAUC